CUAACCUGCCCUACCCCCCCCAGAGUUGCCGGCUGAGGAGGGCAAGUCACUUCUUCAGCUGGUUCUGGAGCAGUUUGAUGACCUGCUGGUGAAGAUCCUGCUAAUGGCCGCCAUCAUAUCCUUUGUGUUGGCAUGCUUCGAGGAGAGCGAGAAUUCCGUCACUGCCUUCGUGGAGCCGUUCGUCAUCCUGCUUAUCCUCAUCGCUAAUGCCAUCGUGGGAGUGUGGCAGGAGCGCAAUGCAGAGUCCGCCAUUGAGGCCUUGAAGGAGUAUGAGCCGGAGAUAGGCAAGGUCGUGCGCGCCAACAAGAAGGGUGUCCAGAAGAUACGAGCGAGGGAGGUCGUGCCCGGCGACAUCAUUGAAGUGGCAGUGGGUGACAAGAUCCCCGCCGAUAUCCGCCUCAUCAAGAUCUUCUCCACCACGCUGCGGGUCGACCAGUCCAUCCUGACGGGGGAGUCUGUGUCCGUCAUCAAGCACACGGACAUCGUAUCGGACUCCAAGGCUGUCAACCAGGACAAGAAGAACAUCCUCUUCUCGGGGACCAACGUGGCCACAGGCAAGGCGCUGGGCAUCGUGGUGGGCACCGGCCUGGGCACAGCGAUAGGCAGGAUUCGUACUGAGAUGGUUGAGACGGAAGACAUCAAGACCCCGCUGCAGCAGAAGCUUGACGAGUUUGGCGAGCAGCUGUCCAAGGUGAUCUCCAUCAUCUGCGUGGCCGUGUGGGCCAUCAACAUCGGCCACUUCAACGACCCUGCCCACGGCGGCUCCUGGAUCAAGGGCGCCAUCUACUACUUCAAGAUCGCUGUGGCCCUGGCCGUGGCCGCCAUCCCCGAGGGCCUGCCGGCCGUCAUCACCACCUGCCUGGCCCUGGGCACGCGCCGCAUGGCCAAGAAGAAUGCCAUCGUGCGCUCCCUGCCCUCCGUGGAGACCCUGGGCUGCACCUCCGUCAUCUGCUCCGACAAGACCGGCACGCUCACCACCAACAUGAUGUCCGUCUCCCGCAUGUUACUCAUGGACAAGGUCGAGGGGAAUGAGUGCAGCCUGCUGGAGUUUGAGGUGACUGGGUCCACGUACGAGCCCAUCGGUGACGUGUAUCUCCACGGCAACCGGGUGAGCGGCGCCGACUUCAAGGCCCUGCAGGAGCUGGCCACCAUCUCCUGCCUCUGCAACGACUCCUCCAUUGACUACAACGAAUUCAAGGGCACGUUUGAGAAGGUCGGGGAGUCUACUGAAACAGCCCUCAUUGUGCUCGCCGAGAAACUCAACCCCUAUAACUUGUCCAAGGCCGGGGUGGACCGCCGCUCAGCCGCCACCAUUUGCAAACACGACCUGGAGACUCGCUGGAAGAAGGAGUUCACGCUGGAGUUCUCCCGCGACCGCAAGUCCAUGUCCUCCUACUGCACGCCCCUCCGACAGUCCCACCUCGGAACCUCCCCGAAGAUGUUCUGCAAGGGUGCGCCAGAGGGGAUCUUAGAGCGCUGUGCUUAUGUACGUGUCGGCGACCGGCGCGUCCCCCUCACCCCCGCCGUUAAGGAGAGGAUCUUGGCCGUGACGCGUGUGUAUGGCAGCGGACGGGACACACUCCGCUGCCUUGCCCUGGCCACCCGCGAUGACCCGCCCAACCCUGUCCACAUGGAUCUUGGGGACUCGGAUAAGUUCCACACGUAUGAGGUGGACAUGACGUUUGUGGGGGUCGUGGGCAUGCUAGACCCACCCAGGAAGGAGGUGCGUGAGUCCAUCAGGAGGUGCUACGCCGCCGGCAUCCGCGUCAUCGUCAUCACCGGUGACAACAAGGCCACGGCCGAGGCCAUCUGCCGCCGCAUCGGGAUAUUCGGGACUGACGAGGACACCACCGGCCUGUCCUACUCUGGCCGGGAGUUUGACGAGCUGUCCCCAGCGGAGCAGCGGUCCGCCUGCCUCAGGGCGCGGCUCUUCUCCCGCGUGGAGCCGUUCCACAAGUCCAAGAUCGUGGAGUACCUGCAGGGGGAGAACGAGAUCUCUGCCAUGACCGGUGAUGGCGUGAAUGACGCCCCGGCCCUCAAGAAGGCCGAGAUCGGCAUUGCCAUGGGGUCAGGAACGGCCGUGGCUAAAUCAGCUUCAGACAUGGUGCUGGCUGACGACAACUUCUCGUCCAUCGUGGCGGCCGUGGAGGAGGGCCGCGCCAUCUACAACAACAUGAAGCAGUUCAUCCGUUACCUCAUCUCCUCAAACAUCGGCGAGGUGGUGUCCAUCUUCCUGACGGCUGCCCUGGGCCUGCCCGAGGCGCUCAUCCCCGUACAGCUGCUCUGGGUCAACCUGGUCACGGACGGACCACCGGCCACGGCCCUGGGCUUCAACCCUCCCGAUGUUGACAUCAUGCUGCACCGCCCUCGCAAGGGCAACGAAUCCCUCAUCUCCGGCUGGCUCUUCAUCCGCUACCUGGCCAUCGGCUUCUACGUGGGCGUGGCCACAGUGUUCGCCGCCUCCUGGUGGUUCAUGUACGACCCCACCGGCCCACAGGUCACCUAUUACCAGCUGUCCCACCACCUGUCCUGCCUCAACGACCCAGAGAACUUCAAGGGCCUGGACUGUGCUGUGUUCAGCCACCCCGCGCCCAUGACCAUGGCGCUGUCUGUCCUCGUCACCAUCGAGAUGCUCAACGCCCUCAAUAGCCUCUCGGAAAACCAGUCCCUUGUGGUGAUGCCGCCCUGGUACAACGGGUGGCUGCUGGCGGCGAUGGCCCUCUCCAUGGUGCUCCACUUCUUCAUCCUGUACUUCAACAUUCUGGCGGUGGUCUUCAACGUACAGCCCUUGUCCGUGGCCCAGUGGAUGGCGGUCCUCAAGAUCUCCUUCCCCGUCAUCCUCCUGGACGAAACCUUCAAGCUGGUGGCGCGACAAGUCACCUUCGGACGCAACCCCAUCCUCGCCUCACACUGGAUCGUGCUGGCCUGGGCUGCAUACUUUGCGUUCAUCAAGGUCUACUUCUUUUAACCCCUCCGCUGCCUGCUAUCACUGGUGGGCUGAGGCUGGGGAAGCACCAAGUACUCCUGUGGUGCUUGGGGGUCCAAAGUGGGUUAUUUUAUACUUGGCAGUCUGUACCGGCUGUUUGGGGCAUUGUGGAGGCUUAGGCCGGGGUGAGGGGUGACGGUGUUUGUAUGUGUGUGUGUGCGUGUCAGUCCGCCGUGGUCUGCCUCAGGGACACCAGCGCUUAGCCGUGAUGUCCUCAGGGUAGCCAGACCAUCCCAGACCCCGAGGGAGGUUGGCAGACUGGCAUUGGAGGUCAGUGUCGCUGCCCUGGGGGGGUGACCUCUUGAGGGGGUGACUCGUAGGACAAUAGCCGUGUGCGUGUGUUUGUGUGUGUAGACUGCACACACACAUGUAUGUACAUUCGCGCAUAACUGUACAGGUCAAAUACAGGUCUAAUACAAGCUUGUCCCCGCCCAGCGCCCACCCAUAACAUGUCAUAACGUGUCCCGCAGUUUACCUUUGUACAGAGAUGUGGGCACGAGUUUGCAUGCGAUUAACGGGUGAGAGUUUACGUGUCUGCCUAAGAGUAUUAACACCAGGUAAACCACACCUUUGCCCUUUGUACCUAACUUUAUUCUGGGCGAGUUUACAUGUCUUGAGUUUACACAGGCUCUUGUAAGUUAGAUUUGCCUGUCUGUGAUGUAGAAAAGUGGGUGUAUGUUUAGAGUUUACAUGUCCUGGAAUUUUGGUGGGACGCAUUUACAGUUUACACAUAGUCAAUCCAAUAGGCCUAUGUGAUGUAGGAAGGUGGGCUGGAGUUUACAUUUCCGGACAUACUGAAAUUUGGAGAUAGAGACAAGUUUACAGAUUGGUGCAGUCACUUUACAUUGGGACAAGUUUACAGAGUUCGCAAGACCUGUCUGUGAUGUGGGAAUGUGAGUUUUAAGUUUACACAUCCUGAUAUACUGAAAAAUUAAGUUGAGUUUUCAGCCACCAAUUUACAUAAGGUCAAAUUUACAGAGUUUGCAAGAUCUGUCUGUGAUUCAGGAAGGCGAGUUUUAAGUUAACACAUCCUGAUAUACUGAAAAAUUAAAACUCGUAACAUUUUCAGCUGUCAAUGUUCAUCAGGUCAAAUUUACAGAGUUCGUACAGGCUAUUAUGAGUUCGCAAGAUCUGUCUGUGAUGUGGGAAUGUGAGUUUUAAAUUUACACAUCCUGAUAUACUGAAAAAUUAAAACUCGUAACAUUUUCAGCUGUCAAUGUUCAUCAGGUCAAAUUUACAGAGUUUGCAAGAUCUGUCUGUGAUGUGGGAAGGCGAGUUUAAAGUGAACACAUCCUGAUAUACUGAAAAAUUAAAACUCGUAACAUUUUCAGCUGUCAAUGUUCAUCAGGUCAAAUUUACAGAGUUUGCAAGAUCUGUCUGUGAUGUAGGAAGGCGAGUUUUAAGUUUACACAUCCUGAUAUACUGAAAAAUUAAAACUCGCAACAUUUUCAUCAGGUCAAAGUCACAGAGUUCGCACAGGCUGUUAUCACUUAGCAAGGCCUGUCUGUGAUGUAGGAGCGACGGCGCGUGAGUUUUGGUUACAUUUUCCGACGUAGUAAAACUUAAGUGACGAGAGUUUAGAGAUUAGCUUAGUUAGAUUACACCAGCCAGUCAGUCAGCCAUGCCUCGGAAUGGUGUAGCAGUCUGGGUAUAGUUUAUAUAGUUUACCAGUUAGCAAUGUCCCCCUCCCCUUCCUCACUCCCAUGCCCUUCGAUAUAUCAUUCCGUUUUCAUAUAAGGGUAACAUUGGUUGCCUUGCGUGUGAGUCAGGUUCAUAAUUCCAUCUGUAGGCAGUUUCAUGUUGACAUUUUCCAGGUCCCGUCGGGCACUAGUUGUUAUCCAUAAGAGUUACGUGAAAUGCAAACCGACAUUGAUAUAGUGUUUUUUUAUAUAUGUGUGUGUGUGUGUACUCUGGGUGUAGUCGCGAUCUCGAAGUACCCAAAACACACGAGACACUAUCUUACGGGUGACAAUUUGAAUUUCGCCAGACUCCUUUGGUAACAACAUUGCCACACUAUCCUGGUUUCUGCUCUCCCCACCUCUCCUUUCGCUACAUGAUAAUCGCCUCAUUGAACUCUCACAAAUCAGUAAGGUCACAUCAUGCAACAAAAGGAGAGGUGGGAAGGUCGACGCAACCACUUUUCAUUCAUUCUGAUCGGGAUGCCUGGAAAUGCGUAACAUGGCGCUGUCUCCAAUGUACAAGAGUUUAAGAGUUCGUGAAGUCAUGCGUCUGUUUGUGAGCGUGGUGACUGGUGGUAACAUGGCAGGGCUUCAUGUAUGUUUGUGUUUUACUGACUCUAUGUUGUUUUGUUAUGAGGUUACGUUCAACACAGACUGACGCACGAGUCCCAUCGGGAUGUGUGAAGGGUGAACCUGUUGUUGUACUCAAGCCCCUGUUGUUUUAUGUAUCACUUGUCUGUGUUUUUGUUUGAGUGAGUAGUGAUGUUAAUAUGAGAUGAUGUCAGAGUGAUGGGAAGGUUAAAUACAGGCAUCCCGCACUGUACAAUUUGGUUAUGUUCUUAAAAAAUGACUAGUGGGCGAGUUUCUGUGAGAGUGAAUACAAACCCAUGUUCCCUGUACACUUGCAGAAAUAAAUACAUGAAAUAGCAGAAAUAAA